AUGGUUCCUGGAAGUAAUUCUUCACCUGAAAACGGCAUCACGGGCGGCUACACCGGCGACAGCCUGGCGAUCAAAAUCACCAUUGCGACUCUCGCUGGAAUCACCUGGUAUAAUGCUAUCGAGCUCAUUGCCCUCGUCUUCGUCACCUUCAGUCAAUAUCGCGGCCUCUACUUUUGGAGCUUGUUGGUCUCGUCAUCCAUCGGCCUCGUGCCCUACUCCAUUGGAUUCCUGCUCAAGUACUUUGAUCUGACGUCGGCAACAUGGCUAUCCGUCACCUUCAUCACUGUUGGCUGGUAUUGCAUGGUCACGGGGCAGUCUGUCGUGUUGUACUCGCGCCUGCACCUGGUUCUUCCGAAUCAACGUCUUCUCCGCCCGGUGCUGGCCAUGAUCAUCAUUGACGCCAUUAUUCUCCAUGUCCCCACUACCGUCUUCACCUAUGGAUCCAACCUCUCAGACGGCCGGCCCGCAUACGUCAACGGCUACAACGUCAUGGAGAAGAUCCAGAUGACCGGUUUCUGCAUCCAAGAGUUCGUUCUCUCUGCCCUGUACAUCUGGGAGACAAUUCGCAUGCUCCGCUUAGACCCAGACCGAAGCAAGCGCAAGAUCAUGUACCAGCUGGUCGCAAUUAACUUGAUGAUCAUCUUCAUGGAUCUCGGCCUGCUCGUCAUCGAAUACAUGGACUACUACAUUAUGGAAACCAUGGUCAAGGGUGUCGUCUACAGCGUUAAAUUAAAAUUGGAGUUCGCGGUCCUUGGAAAACUCAUCUAUCUCGUCCGCAACCACGUCUGGAAACAAGAAUCGUCGAUCAAUAGACCCUCCGACUUUCCGGACUUUGUCGAUGCCACGCGCGUCACAUCAGAUGUGACCCAUGCAGCGCCUACCAUUCGCCACCGCACCCACCCCUGGAUGGACUCGGAUGAUGUCUCCAUCGCCAUGUUCGAGCACUCAGGGCCCCGGCGGGAAACCGAAACCAGGCACUCGGAUAUCUCGCACUCCCUAAGUGGGGAGACCCAAACGAACAAUCCAUCCUCCGAGCGAGACUUUACCGAAUCCCUACAGCAAAAACUUCGCAGUGUCGCUAUCGAGCCGGGAAGUACAGGGUAA